GGAGGUUUACGGUGGUGCUAUAAUAGCCCACCGCCUGACAUUUCCGACAUAGAUUUCAGACGGCUUCUCGCGAUGAUGAGAUUGCAUUGGUGUCCAAGUAUUAACCGGCGGUUUAUUUAGAAGUUGAUUGUCGUCGCGGACGGGUGCGGCUCUCAAAUUUCAACGGAAAUCGGCCGCAACACGUACGGCAUUUGAUGUCAUAAAAAUAGUGUUCACCUUAGGAAGAGGUAGAAAUCGAACACCAUGGAACGGGUCAUCCUCGUCUUCGGGAUCAUCUCUACUUUUCUAGCUGGUGUCCCUGUGGAAACCCACCCCGUCAAACAUCAAAGUUCCGCCGAAUCGAAUGGUCGAAUCACUCCAGACGUUGCGAGUCGAAGACUCGAGCUGCUUAGGGAGCAAAUGGUUUUGCAUGAGGUGGAUGCCUACAUAGUCCCCACAGCUGAUGUUCAUCAGACCGAGUACAUCGCGGAAAGAGACGAGCGUAGAAGAUGGAUAACUGGAUUCACUGGAAGUGCAGGUACGGCUGUGGUAACCUUGCAAAGUGCGGCUUUAUGGACGGAUAGUAGAUACUUCGAAGAAGCUACUUUACAGCUCUCCGACGAUUGGAUACUAAUGCGAAGCGGGCAGCCCUCUACGCCUACACUGCAGGUCUGGUUGACGACCGUUUUAGCGGCAAAUGCAAGGGUCGGAGUUGAUCCUGAAAUCAUAACGUAUUCUCAGUGGACUUCGUGGUCUACGCUACUUAACGCCAGCAGUAUUAAUUUAGUCGCUUUGGAUAUCAACUUGAUCGAUGUUAUCUGGGAUGAUCAGCCCGAAUAUCUGAGCGGACCGGUGUUUGAGCAUCCCAUAGAAUUUGCUGGUAUGACACGUGUGGAGAAACUUGCGAUGGCAAGAGCGGCUAUGGUAACUGCCGGCGUUGAUCUUUACGUGGUAACGGCUCUGGAUGAAGUCGCAUGGGUGACGAAUUUAAGGAGUUCCGAUAUCCCUUGUACCCCCGUAUUUCGUUCCUACCUUCUAAUCACAAAUGAAACGGCUACUGUUUACAUUCCGUCGCCUGAGACCAGACUGAAGGUCGAUAACGCUUCCUCCGACGGAGAAGACAGCUUCCCAAUAACGGUGGCAAAUUACGAGGACUUUUGGACCGACUUGGCGGCUGCCGGUGAACUUGCUGAAAGCAUUUUACUACCUGGACCGUACAGCUACGCGUUAGGGAUCAGUUACAGAGUGCACAGUACGGUACCUUCGAACAAGAUAAAAAUCCUCACAUCACCGAUACUGUUGGUCAAAGAUCGCAAAACUCAAGUCGAAGCGGAUGGUUUGCGGAAUGCACAUCUCAAAGACGCCGUGGCACUUUGUCAAUUUUUGGCCAAUUUGGAGGCAGCGAUAAAACGUUCUGAAGAAUACGAUGAGCUGAGGGCCGUCGAGGAGCUUUCAUCCCUGAGGGCAGCCCAAGAAUACAAUUUUGGAGACAGCUUCACAACCAUUGCCGCUUACGGAGCAAACUCCGCUCUUCCUCACUACUCUCCUACUAACGAAACGAACGCAAUUAUUGGUACCAACGGUACCUUCAUGUUGGACUCUGGAGGACAGUAUUACGAUGGAACGACAGACGUGACGAGGACGAUGCAUUAUGGCGUACCGACGCAAGAGCAUCGUGACACUUACACGGCUCUUUUGGCCGGUUGCAUCGAGUUGGCUCGGCUGAUAUUUCCCGUUGGUGCAAGUUAUACCACAACCGAUCUCUUGGUACGCUCGCAGCUUCAUAGACUCGGAAGGAACUACGGGCACGGAAGUACGCACGGGAUAGGUCACUUCCUAUCGGUACACGAAGCUUGGAAUACGACUUACGAUGUGAAUUUCUUCGGAUCCCAAGAACCAGGAUACUACAAGGAGGGUUCCUGGGGAAUGCGGCUGGAGAACAUCGUCGCCGUAGUCAACGCCAACACUACGUAUGAGGCCGAAGACACAUUCCUAACGUUCGAAACGGUAACUCUGGUACCUUACGCUAGAAAUUUGAUCGAUGAAACGAAGCUAAGUGACGACCAGUUAUCAUGGCUGAACCAAUACCACGCAAAAGUAAGGGAAAAGGUGGGUGCAGAGCUCCUGCGACAAGGCCACACCUCCACUUACGACUGGCUGAUAGAACAGACGACACCAAUUAAGCGCAGGGUAGUCCAUCGAAGGGUCAAUAUCGUUGCGGUUCCGUGAUGGAAAAAAAUACGAAAACAAUAAAACGAAAAAAAAUUGUGAAGUAUUACCUCA